AUGGUUACGCUACAGAGGUCGGUGACGUCGUUCAGGAGGCAAGGCUCGUCGGGCCUGGUGUGGGACGACGACAAGCUCAACUUAUCGGGCGUUCUCAACCCGACCAAACCUCGUGGCAACGAAGACAGCGGCGAGAAGAUCGACCGCAGACAACUCAGGCUGUCGCAGAGCGCCGGGACGAUCGGCAUGAUGAAACGCAGCAGUUCCACGGUUAGAGCUCCAGCUCAGGCCCGUCGAAACGCCAUCGUCCCUUCCUCCGCUGUCGACCCACCGCCCCCUAGGAUAUCCGGCUGCUGCUUUUCCGGCAUCUUCGGACGACCGGUGAAGUGCUCACACCCAAACCUUAAAAAAUGA